UCGACACAUCGUUUAACCCCACCCAUCUGCUGCAUAGGCUAUAGUUCAGCUUACGCUAUUUCUAUGUUUGGAUCGCAGCAUGUACGAGAUCAUCAGUGCGCGCCUGGAAAGUUCAGGGCUCGACAGCCUCUAAAGUUACCACCAGAGUCAAGAGAAGUCUGGUCUUUCUAGAAGGAGCAUGGGAGGUAUAAAGCGCGAAGUAUCAGUCAGGUCGAGGCAGUCGAGAAAAGACAACUCAAGCAACCUGAAGCAAAGCAGAGCAGAAGAGUCCGCUCUCGGAAGCGAUACAACAAACUCACAAGAUCUGUGAUAUUUCAUUAUUAAUAAUCAAGAUGUCUAAAGGUCUGUCCAUUGGCAUUGAUCUGGGAACCACUUACUCCUGUGUGGGAGUGUUCCAGCAUGGCAAGGUGGAAAUCAUUGCUAAUGAUCAAGGAAACAGAACCACUCCUAGCUAUGUUGCCUUCACGGACACAGAAAGACUCAUUGGAGAUGCUGCCAAGAACCAGGUCGCCAUGAACCCCAACAACACAAUAUUUGAUGCCAAACGGCUGAUUGGUAGAAAGUUUAAUGAUCCAGUGGUCCAGUCUGAUAUGAAGCUUUGGCCGUUCAAGGUAAUCAGCGAAGACGGCAAACCAAAAGUUCAAGUUGAGUACAAAGGAGAGACCAAGACAUUCUACCCUGAAGAGAUCUCAUCCAUGGUCCUAGUCAAAAUGAGAGAGAUUGCCGAGGCCUUCCUGGGUCAGAGAGUCAAUAACGCCGUCAUCACGGUCCCAGCGUACUUCAACGAUUCGCAGAGGCAAGCAACCAAAGAUGCAGGGGUGAUCGCCGGUUUGAACGUGCUGCGUAUUAUCAAUGAGCCCACAGCGGCUGCCAUUGCCUAUGGGCUGGACAAGGGCAGGAGAGGAGAGAGGAACGUCCUGAUCUUUGACCUGGGUGGAGGCACCUUUGAUGUCUCAAUCCUGACGAUUGAGGAUGGGAUCUUUGAAGUGAAAGCCACAGCAGGGGACACUCACCUGGGUGGGGAGGACUUCGACAACCGGAUGGUGAAGCACUUUGUUGAAGAGUUUAAGAGGAAGCACAAGAAGGACAUCAGUCAGAAUAAGAGAGCAGUGAGAAGGCUUCGCACGGCCUGCGAAAGAGCUAAAAGGACCCUCUCAUCUAGCACUCAGGCUAGCAUCGAGAUCGAUUCCCUGUUUGACGGCAUCGAUUUUUACACUUCCAUCACAAGGGCUCGUUUUGAAGAGCUUAACUCUGAGCUCUUCAGAGGCACUCUGGAUCCAGUUGAGAAGGCUUUGACAGAUGCCAAAAUGGACAAGUCUCAGAUUCACGAUAUCGUUCUGGUCGGCGGCUCCACGAGGAUCCCCAAGAUCCAGAAGCUUUUGCAGGACUUCUUCAAUGGCAGGGAUCUCAACAAGAGCAUCAACCCAGACGAGGCGGUGGCAUAUGGAGCUGCGGUGCAGGCCGCCAUCCUAAUGGGUGACACCUCGGAAAACGUUCAGGACUUGUUGCUUCUGGACGUGGCUCCUUUGUCCCUGGGUAUCGAGACUGCAGGUGGAGUCAUGACUGCUCUCAUCAAACGCAACACCACCAUCCCCGCCAAGCAGACGCAGAUCUUCUCCACAUAUUCUGAUAACCAGCCAGGCGUCCUGAUCCAGGUGUUUGAAGGCGAGAGGGCCAUGACCAAAGAUAACAAUUUGCUUGGCAAAUUUGAGCUCACUGGGAUCCCCCCGGCACCAAGAGGAGUACCCCAAAUCGAGGUGACCUUUGACAUUGAUGCCAAUGGCAUCCUGAACGUAUCUGCUGUUGACAAGAGCACAGGAAAAGAGAACAAAAUCACCAUAACCAAUGACAAAGGUAGACUGAGCAAAGAGGAAAUAGAGCGAAUGGUGCAGGAUGCGGAAAAGUACAAAGCCGAGGAUGAGGUGCAGAGAGAGAAGAUUGCAGCGAAGAACGCCCUGGAGUCUUACGCCUUCAACAUGAAGAACAGCGUCGAGGAUGAAAACCUGAAAGGAAAGAUUAGUGAAGAAGAGAAGAAGAAGGUCAUUGAUAAGUGUAAGGAGGUUAUCACUUGGUUGGAGAACAAUCAGUUGGCUGAAAAGGAAGAGUAUGAGCACCAUCAGAAGGAACUGGAAAGUGUGUGUAAUCCAAUCAUCAGUCGGCUAUAUCAAGGAGGAGUUCCCCCCGCUGGUGGCUGUGGAUUCCAAGCCCAGCCUGAAUCAAAGGGUCCCACCAUUGAAGAGGUGGAUUAAAGAAGGGAAAAUUUGCCUUACUAUAGUGCAAAAUUAAUUUCAGUGGCCUUACUUUAUGAUACUUCCAGAUUUAUAUGAGCUUAAUUAUUAUUUAUAUCUUGUUUGUCAAAUGUGCUUGAAUUUAAAUGUUGUAAGAAUUGUCCUUCAGCUGUGUCAGCUGAUAAGUGAAUUAAUGGAAUGGAAUAAAUUAAUAUGGUGAUAUAAUGUAUUUAUUAUUUACAGUAAUAAAAAAUAAAUGCAAAUUUUAAACCA